ACAAGCUCCAUCAUACUAACAAGCUUUCUGACCGUCCCUUAAUGCUGCUAGACUAACAGCUGCCUCAACCGCUCGAACAGCACCCCAUUCUAAGAUGUCCUCCUCCACCCCCCUCGACGCCCCACCCCACAUCCUCCAGCUCCUCUCCACCCUCCACAAAAAGUCCCUCGACCAAGAAGCAGCCAUCUCCCAAAAGGAGAAAGGCAAGGUCGUCUCCUCCGACAUUUUAGACAACCUCGCCGACAGCCAAACAACCACCCCGAACCCGCAGGAUGAAUUCGACCGCCUCAUGCUGGACAAGUUCAUCGCCCUCGACGCGGACAAAUGCCAGUUCGUGUACCAGCUCCUCACCGCCAUGGGCGCCACCACCGUCAUCGAGGCGGGCACCAGCUUUGGCGUGAGCACUAUCUACCUCGCCCUCGCCGUGGGCAAGACCGCCGCCCGCACGGGCACGCCCGGCACGGUGAUCGCCACCGAGAAGGAGCCGAGCAAGGCGGCGAUCGCGCGCGGGUACUGGGCGCAGUGUGGCCCGGAGGUGGAGCGGGUGAUUGAUCUGCGGGAGGGGGAUUUGCUGGUUACCCUGCUGGAGGGCGUGCCGGAGGUAGUGGAUGUGUUGCUUCUGGAUAUAUGGUGUGCGCUGGCGCUGCCCACGCUCAAGACGGUUCUGCCGCGGCUGCGGCGCGGGGCGGCGGUGUUGACGGAUAAUACGAUCUCCGCGGUGGAGGGCUAUAGGGAGCUUUUGGCGUUUUUGCGGGAUCCGGGGAAUGGGUUUCGGAAUGUCACGUUGCCGUUUACGGGGGGGUUUGAGAUGAGUGUUUAUUCGCCUUGAUUUGGUGGGGUUGAUCAUUGUAAUGUCGGGGCAUUAUUCUGCAAGUGAUUCUGGUGUUUUCUGACGGUGUGAAUAAUAUGACAGUGAAUACAGGAUC